AUGCCAUCAGAUUGUUGCAUUCGAUUUUAUAAGACUCUUUGUGAACUGAAGAUUCGACAUAUUGUAAUAAGAAGACGUAUGAAAGAAGACGGUUCGCUGGAAUGGCGUGCGAUUGAAGAUGAGUGUUAUUCAUCAGUGCGAGAACUUAUCGAUAAUUAUAUGGCAUCAGGACGGCCACUUAAUCCUGAG